AUGCCUAUCCCAGCUCUGCCGAUUGAGGUUAUAGAUAACAUCUUGGCUUACUUCAUCGAACAGUCCCCAAAAGCAUCACACGAUCCAAUUAACAGUGUCAAUCAGCCUUAUUUAGAACCACCAUUGGUAUCGGAAUUACUCACUUUUCGAUUGAUUGACAAAAACUGGGCGAAUGCUGUUCUACCGCACGUUUACGACGGCGUUCGUGUGUCCUCCAGAUUUAUGAUCAGCAGUCUUUCGCGAACGCUCAAGGACUCAUUUCUCAUCGCGACCAUGCCCCGACUCAGCCGGUUAUCUUUUGAGCGCCUCGAAUAUCCUAUUUUACAUAUCAGCUCAUAUCAAAUAGGGGACCUUGCGAAUCGCACGAAUGAACCUUGCCUCAGCUUUCAAAACUGGAAAGUUGACUAUUCCUCGACCCUGAUGAAGGACAUCGAAGGAAUCAUCACGAUGUGUAGUGAUACUUUGACCGACGUGAGGUUCAGGUUCAACGGUUCAGUUGGGUUUUCACCCGGUAUCAUAAAAGCUGUGGAGCGGGCCCAAGAUCUGCAAAUCUUAAGCAUUAUUGGGGGCUUCUGCGGUGUUCCUAUCAACGACUCAGACUCGAUCAAGGACCUACUCAAUGCUGCUCCUGGGCUGCGAUCUCUGUAUCUCCAGGUCCCUUUUCUGCGCCGUUUAAGUCCACCCCCCGGUUCCCUCCCUCAACUCGAACAUUUAUCGGUAACGUGCAACCCCAACAACCUUACCGCUCUGAGACAUUUAAUCGAAAUGAUCGGCGAAAACAUAAAAGCUUUCGAAUAUGUCCCGCACGACGAUCGCGACCACUCGGUGAUCUUGGCCAUGCGUAGCUCCCUUCGAAUCUUGUUCACGGACUCAUUGCCCGACUGUUUGCCUGUUGGUGUCCGCGACGUAGACUUCCCGCAUUUGCGACUGAUCCGUACGAUCGACUCAAGCAUCUUCAUCACGGACUACGAUCGCUCACACGACUAUUGGCGGCAAGUCUUGAGAAACUACCCUGGCCAUUCACUCAUGACACCGCCUCGCUUCAGGCAUAUAAUUUUUGUUAUAGAUGAAGGUGCUCGCGUGGAGGAUCCUGCUCUGGCUCAGAGGUUUGAAGUGUAUGGAAUAUGCUGCCAUUUCACCACUCAACCGUCGUACUGGGGACUUCUGUUCAGAGUCCUGGAUGUGGUUCUAUGGGGUAUGAAACGUGUCGUUUAUCAUCAAAACUCGACUGACCGCCAUCAAGCACACGGCAGUUACAAUACAUCACUGUGA